AUGGCUGACGAUGGACAUAAUGGAAACGCUGCUGGCGAUGCUGAGCCGGAAAACUUCCGCAAGAUUUUCGUUGGAGGCCUCACUGGGAACACCACCGAUGAGGUUAUGCGGGAAUUCUACUCGCAGUUCGGAGAGCUGACCGACAUCAUCGUCAUGCGUGACCCCAACACCAAACGAUCUAGAGGAUUCGGUUUCGUCACCUUUGCUACGAAAGCAAAUGUUGAUGCUGCUAUGGCUGCACGUCCUCACGUGAUUGAUGGAAAGACAGUGGAUCCUAAACGAGCCGUUCCCAGAGAUGACAAGAACCGGAACGAAUCCAACGUGUCGACGAAACGUCUUUACGUGAGUGGCGUUAGAGAGGACCAUACUGAAGAGAUGUUCAGCGAGUACUUUGGCAAGUUCGGCAACGUAGUAAAGUCAGAGAUCAUUCUCGACAAAGUGACGAACAAGCCGCGUGGAUUCGGAUUUGUCACAUUCGAUGACUAUGAUCCUGUGGACCAAUGUGUUCUACUUCGCAGCCACAUGAUAAAUGGUUUCCGUUGUGAUGUUAAGAAAGGAUUGUCUAAGGAUGAGAUGAACAAAGUGGCGCAAACCAACCGUGAUCGUAUGGAUAGAAUGGGACGUUCCCGAGGGGAUCAACGUGGUGGAUAUGGUGGUCCUGGCGGUGGUUGGGGAGGACAACAAGGCGGUCAAGGUCAGCGUGGAGGUUGGGGUCAACAGGGUGGUUAUGGCCAGCAGGGAUACGGAGGACCACAAGGAGGUGGUUACGGUCAGCAAAGCGGUUACGGUGGAUAUGGUCAACAGCAAGGAUGGGGAGAUCAAUCCGGAUGGGGACAACAGUCAGGCGGUGGCUGGGGCGGCGGUCAGGGCCAAGGAAACUGGGGACAGCAAUCCGGGGGAUGGGGCCAACCUUCUGGACAACAACAGUGGGCUAAUGCUCAGGGAGGUGGCAGAUACUAG